UCCAAUCUGGCAAACAGAAACCAAAUGGGGCCAAGCAAUCAGUAUCUACAAGGAAAUAAUGUGGUUUGACGAGGUUAGCAGCCUGCCACUGGAUCAGGCAUCUGCCGUGUUUUAUUCUUUCACUGGUUACUGUUGUAGUUUUUUAUUUUCCCAGUGAACUAGUUCAGAAGGAAUCCUUUCAUACCCAUAUUUUAAAUGUCUUUCACUUUGGUCUUGGAAAUGAAGCUGUUAUGAAGCCAUGGUUCAUUAGCCAGCCCAUUCCAAGAGUGUCUGCUCGCCAUGCCACUUUUAUUUCAGAUGACCCUAUUUCGUCCUGCAUCUGCCUCACAGAUGAAUUUGAUAGAAAAUCUGAAGUUAUGACACCAAAAAGUCUGCAUUAUUUUUAAUCCUUUUAGCUUCUGGGACACAGACUCAAUAGCAUCUCUCCAAGAAAAAUAUUGUGGGUAGGUCUUUCUCUUCUGGAAAAAUGCAUGACAUGAAAAUGUUUCUCAUUUUCUCUUGGAAGAGGAUCCUUUUAAUUUAUGUAUUUUGCCUGGGAGGGAUCUUUUGUUUCACUGCUGCAGCGCUGCCAAAGGAAAUCACGCCUCACGUGUGCCACUGCUUCAGCUGCAGGCACGUGUGCUCGGGCUCCACGUAAGGCACUGCGGGGCUGAACGUGCUCCAGCCACUGGGCUGGGGUGUGCAAGGCCACCACCAGCAGAGGACAAGUCCUUGACAGGGAGCUUUGUUCCCUUUCCAGGCAGCUCCUCCUCACCUCUUCCCUGCAUGGGGAGUGCAGGGAGUGACCAGCACCACCCAGGCCCAGCCAAGGGGUCUGGUCUGCAGCCAUUUAUUUUAUUUUAUUUUUUUCCAGCAUCAUUUUCCCCUAGGCUCAAGCUCCCUGAAUCUCUUUUUCUGCCUGCAGACACCGAAGCACCAAAAUCCGGGAUUCUCUUCCACACUUUUCACUGCUCGGCCUGAUCUCCCCUAAAUGCCACGGACAGCACAGCAGCUGAUAGCAUUUGGUGGCCUUUUGUGCUGACAUUUCAGCCUCUCGCAAACAAGAACUGCCCUAAUCUGCCGGCCACAGAGCCCGAGGCUUUUCUUGUAGCUGACUUUUUCUUCCAGCUGCCUACCAGUGUGCAGAGGCAGAGAUUUCCGAACAGCAGGCUUCCUCUUCUGCAGCAGCAGAGCGGAGCCGGGGAGAAUCAAACAAAUACUGUAGAUACAGAGCAGCAGCUGUUUUCUUAUAUUAUUAAUAAAACAGAUUAUUGACGAUUCUGAUGAAUUAUAUCUAGGCUUAUCAAACAACAGGCACUAUUUCCUGGUGAGGCAAAGAAACGGUCAAAUUUUUGUUUGCGUUUUAUUAUCUUCAUUGAUUCAAAAUGUAGAAAAAUUCAUACGCUCAUGACGUCAAAUCUUCUCGUGGUGAAUGGAAGUGAAAACGCGCUCUACCCACUCAGCCCUGGUGUUUGACACAACCCAGACCUCGGUGGCCACUUUUUCUGCCUUCAUUUGCAGUGUGGGCCGUGGCUUUGGUUUGCUUGCUUGCUUCUCCUCCUCUCCCCCUCUCUUUUAUCUUUCAGAAGAAAAAAGGAAAGAAACGGUGCUGGAAGAGUAAAAGCGUAGAACAGAAGUUGUCCGUUUCCAGUCCAACUGGAACAAAAAUUCUGUGUUGCAGAUCACUUCAAAACAGAUGUUUCUUUCAUAAUCAUGAAAAUGCAGAAAAAAAGGAAAUGAUCACAUCCUUCCAAAUAUUAUGAGCUUUGUAGCAUUCAAAAAAAGAUGUAUUUUUUUUGUUUGUUUUGAAAGAAUUGAAAAUGUGUCAAGCCAUCCUAGCUAUUAAUCCACACAUCCAGCCUGAACUGGGAUGGAAACGAUAAGCAGCUCAAUAACAAGUCCGUACUGGUUGCUCGGCAGUAGCUUAACGAUUUAUCCUGGAUGUGAUUAAUGAAAACCUCUAUUAAGAACAGCCCUGCUGCACCACACCCUGCGCUGACCUCCACCCUGACCUGCGCCGCUGCUCGGUGCAACCGCCAAGGUCUUGCCAAGGCCCUGAGAGUGGCACAACCUAUUGAGGACCUCAGGAAGAGCAGGAGCCUCUCCCCUUCCAGCAGAAGUUUGAUUUUUUUUUUUCCUGUGUUUUUCUCUUUCCCGAGUGGCAGAGCGAUGCAGCCGUCCUGCAUCCCGCCAGGCAGUGCUCUGUUGCUGAGCAACCCCGUGCUUGCUGAGAGGGCUCUUUUGCAGCAGCAAACCUGGUGAGGGAAUGGUGAGGAAAAUGAGGUGAGGUGGCACCUAAAACUCACCUCCGGGGUGGCCCCAGGGGCUAGGUCCCUACCAGCACAUGGAGGUGAGGAGCAGCGAGGACCCCGAUGGGGACGUUGUCUGAGGAAUCGCGGUAGGGUCACAUCUCCUGCUCCUCUGCGCCCAUCCUGUUCUUAAGGAGCGAGCAGUUUUGACCCCAAAUUCAUCAGUCAGCCAGUUGAUUAGUUCACAAGGUUUCCUGCUCUGCAAAGCCAUCUCCUGUUUCGCUUGAUUAAAGGUGGAUGAGGGAUGGGGGUGGAAAGAGGCGGCGCUGAACAGCUGGGUUGCGUUGGUGGGUUGGGUGGACACCAGCUGUGUGCAUUUCACCCCAUUGUUACUUGGGGAAAACAGACCAGUUUUAGGCAUGCCAGCAAGUAUAUGACAUUGGAUAGGAGAACCUGUCUCAAACUGCUUUGUAGGGUCGUCAGGAGGCACAGCAAACCUAGAAUUGUUCCCGGCUCUGUGCAUUUUGGCCCAUGCUUUCCCACAGGCUCUUGGGUGCCUGGCCACGAUCUGGGCUCUCUGAAACUCAGCCCUACCCUUCCAAACACACCAGCAUUGGGGUCUGCAGUGGCUGGGCUUUUUGGGGACACUUCAAGUAAUAUCCAACCUGCUACUUCUACCUGGCACAGGCAGAGGAUCUACAAGAUAGCCAUGCAACCUCAACACCUACAUGCAAUGUUAUCAGGAGGGCAGGAAAAAAACCUCCUUCAAGGAGAGGUUUCUUUCAAUGAUGUAGCUCUUCUUUCAACAUACAGCAAGCUGUGGUUUCCCACCCACCAUUUUAGGCUAGCUCCAAGUUACGUGUACUAAUUUUUAAGCUUUGUUUUCAAGGCUGUUUCCUAUACACAUCAGCUGUACUCAGGGAUAGCCCAGGUUGGGUAAAUCUUGAGGGAACAAGGAGCAACUUUUCUUGGGGGCAAGUGAAAAUGCCAGUGGCAAGCUCCUGAUGUGGCUAUGGUGAGCCAGUUCCCAUUUCUUGAGUAAAAAGUUGGUUUUUAUAACACUUCAAGGUGAUGCAGGUGUGAUGCACCAGAGGAAAGUAUAAUUGUGCAUUAUGUGGUCUUAAAUCAAACCACAGUGCAAGAACACCACGGCCUUCAAGACACUGAGAAUAGAAAAGAAGCUCUGUUGUCCAUCUAAUGUUUUUUUGAGCCAGAGUACUGGCAUGCCUGGUGCUUGCUGUGGGAAAGGCCAUGUGCUGAAGUCGUCCCCUUUUCUGUGGGUCACUGUGGGGCAGGGCAGGCUGGGGCUCCUGCGCUGAGCCGGCAGCCAGGAGUCAGUUUGCUGCUCAUAAAACUGCAGUGGAAAAUUGAACACCGAAGACAGGCAAUUAGCAUAUUAAGAAACUGAAGGGCAUGUUUCUUAUAUAUUACGUAGUGAAGAUGAAGACAGAUCGCUGGUGUUUAAUUUUGGUAACAUCCAGGGAAUAGCGGGGUAGGAGCAGUGCUAAGCUGGCCGGUGAUGCAGAACUGCUGGCAGGGAGCAGUGGAAAGGGCUGAUUCCUGCAGCGGGAUCAGGGGCAAUGUCCCAGCAACAGGAAAGGCCAGGGAAGAGGAUAAACUGCUGGAUGUGGGUGUUUGGCUCUGGUGUGGCUGCUCUCACCAGCGGAUUUCAAAGAGCUUUGCACCAGAGUACAAGGCCAGACGUGGAUGUGGCGCAAUGCAGAGCUGCGUGCUGGAUGGGCUCGCUCGUGUCCCAGAACAGCACAGCCCCUUUCAUCUGCAGCACUGGCAGGGUGCCCUGCAUCCCCUGCCCUCUCAGCAGGACUCAUCAUCCCUGUCUGGCUGCUCUGUGCCCUGUGAACAAACCCUGAAUGUCACCAUCUCCCUUUUGCUCAAAGGGAUGCACGGGGAGAUGAUGCAACUUCCCACAGGCUGCAGAGCCAAAGGGAGAUCCCAGAUCUCCCAGGUGCCUCAAUUAACGACUGUCUGUGCUUCAAAGAGCUGCCCUCCCUUCCUGCCUCAUGCUGGCAGGGUCACCCUCCUCCACACCCCCUCCAAAAAGGGGGAGCGACACAGCCACAGGGGUGAGCUGGGUGUUGCAGGCAGCACCAGGCUGCCCUACUGUCACAGCAGGAGACAGCCAUGCGAUCGGUUUUAAACAGCACAUCUGUCAAGAGGUGACUCCACCAGGUAGCGCUUUUGGUGCUUCUCUGAGGGGAAACCGAGCCAAGCAAGCAUCCGAGGAGCCCUGGGAUGCGACUCCGGGAAUAAUGCACCGUGAGGGGCUGGACUUCUGGUUGAGUGUGCAUUCCUGCCACUCUGCUGUUCCUCCCAAAUGAGCUUUUACCAAGUGUCCCGCACAUGCCCUCUGCUCCAGCAGCAGGAUAUCCUUCAUUUGUCUGCACAAAGCGCAGAUGAGCACCUCUUGGCGUUGUUUUCCCAGCCGGCCGACGGGAGGGUCAGCAGGGGCCGAAGCAGCUGCGGCGAGUAAAGGAAAGGUAGCCAUGGCAACCCAAGUUAUCUGCAUCCUCCAUGCGUUUCCUUCUCCCCACCCUACAUCGUAUCUUUCCCACCCAAACCUCAAGCCAAUAGAGCCAGUGACCAGCUGGCAGGAUGGGGGCUGCGGACGGGGCUCCAGCACCCAGUGCAUCUGGCUGCGUUUCGGGGCUCACCGCGGCAGGGCCAGCAGCGUAGAGAGGGGUGGCUUGCAACAGGCAGAGCUCUCCGCGACUGUAGAUGGGGCUCUGGAUAUGUCGCCUUUGCUCCAGAGUUGCAGAUUCGUGGCUGCUGCUGCUGCUGGUUUUGGCCCUGAGCUGUAGCCCUGCUGCAGCAGUGACGGCUGCUCCGUCUGCACCCCACGUCAAGCCCAGCUACAGUUUUGGCCGGACUUUCCUGGGACUCGAUAAGUGCAACGCCUGCAUUGGGACGUCCAUUUGCAAGAAAUUCUUUAAAGAAGAAAUAAGGUUUGACACCUGGCUUUCUUCUCGUUUAAAGCUGCCCCCCAGCUACCUGCUCAGCUACUCGGGCAACUACACCGACGAUGCCCAGAGCUGGCGGCUGGUCGACAUCACCCGCCUGACCACCAAGUACCAGCACGACCAGGCGGACAAGCGCAUCUGCACCUCCCUGCUGAAGACCAAGACCUGCAGCCUGGAGCGCGCCCUGCGCCGCACGCACCGCUUCCAGAAGUGGCUGCGGGCCAAGCGCCUCACCCCCGACCUGGUCCAGGGCCUGUCUAGCCCAAUGCUGCGCUGCCCAUCCCAGCGCCUCCUGGACCGGAUAGUGCGGCGCUACGCCGAGGUGCCGGACGCCGGCAGCAUCUACAUGGACCACCUCACCGACCGGGACAAGCUGCGCCUCCUCUACACACUGUCAGUGAAUUCUCACCCCAUCCUGUUACAGAUCUUCCCCGACGUGGAGGGGUGGCCCUUCCCACGGUACCUGGGCUCCUGCGGGCGGCUGGUGGUCAGCGCCAGCACCCAGCCCCUGCGUGACUUCUUCGGGGCAGCCCCCGAGGUGGCGGCCGACCUGGCCCUCCAACUCCUCGCCGUCCUCCGCUCCAUGGGCACCAACGACCUCAACUAUUUCUUCUACUUCACCCACGUGGACGCUGGCACCUUCGGCGUGUUCAGCAACGGGCAUCUGUUCAUCAGGGAUGCCAGCACGCUGGGCAUCAUCGACAAGGAGGAAGGGAGCCAACUGAUCGACGGCCAACAGGAGUACAAAGAUAUAUUUAGCUGCUUGACUGUGGACUGCCAGUCUGCAUUUGUGUCCUGCAACUCCAUCAGAGAGAAGCAGAGCCUUGUCAUGGUGUGUCAAGAACUUCUGCCGAAGCUCCUGAAGGGGAAAUUCCUGCAACCUGUACAGGAGAAAAUAGACAGCUUCCUGCAGCACUGUGCGGAUGGCCUUGCCGAUGACCAGGGUGUCAAUGAGGCGUUGGCAAAGCUGGCAGAGCUCCUGAAGCCUCUGAGGUCUUGUGAUUCACGCUUUGCCUACCGCUACCCAGACUGCAAAUACAGCGACAAAUACUGACGGCUUUGGAGGAAGGCUGCCCAAGAAGGAUGGGACAGGUUUCCUGGCUCCAGUGCAGGAAGCAAGGAGGAGCCAGGGUAGCUGGAUGGAGCCGCACCAACUCCAGGAUACCCUCAUGGGGAUGGAGGAGGAGGGAGCCGAGGUGCACACAGGAUUUAUUGUUCAUCUCCCAGAGAUGCAUUUGUUACUUGGGAUGUUAGAUGUGAUGUAAGGCUUAUGGAUUAUAAACAUUAUCAUGAGUGACAGGGGCUACAGGAUUAAUAAAUCUCCUUCACGUAUUUUGGCCUUGGAAGAGUUUUCCAUGCCAUCCAUUAAAAAGAAACCCUCUGAAGGCAACAUGCUCACAGCUAGCUAGAUAGGGGAGCUUUAUUACCAAGAAUGUCUUACUGACCGAGAUGAUAUAUACAUAAUGUGAGAUGGAUGGAAAUAUUUAAGACUUUCCUUGUGGGGAUUUUUAAUGCUCAAAAGCCAUAGACAAACUGAGCCACCUGAUCAGUUCCUUAGCAUCAUCCAUCACAGAUCACUUCUACAGAAUAUUUACAUUUUAUUACUUUUAUGGGACACAGAACAGAAAGACAAAGUCAGCGGCAUUAAAAAGCUGAAAGAGCCAGCAUCUCUUGAGACUUAA